AUGUCCGAUGAGGAAGAAUACGAAGUUGAGACUGUUCUACAUCGAAUGGAAUUCGACGCUCUUUUGCAGAAUGCGCUGAAGUCAGAAGCGGUUUUUAACCCAAACUCCGUGAAGGAUGGAAUGACUAAACACUCCAAGUACGCAUAUCUCGUCCACUGGAAAAAUUUCCCAUUUGAGCAGCGGACAUGGGAGCCGGAAGAAAACUUGCGAACGGAUGACUCGGUUCCAGAAGCGUUGGCAAAAUUCUACAAAUCUAAUAAUUAUCCCAACACAUAUGAAGAAAUUGACAAGGACUAUGGAGCUAACAUGUGGGAUGAUUUGAUGGUCGCUUGGAGAAAAGUUGCCGAUUAUGAGUAUCUGUAUAGUCCGGAUGAGAAAAGAGAGAAGAAAGAAGCGGAAGAAAGAAAAAAGCGAGAAGAGCAAAAGAAAUUGGAAGUGAGAAAGAAAAAAAUUGCGGCGCGAGCAGAAUCGGAAGCUCCACAAAAGAAGGAAAAACGACGAGUCAUUAUUGAAAGUGAUCCUGAUGAGCAGAAUGAGACGUCUCGCAAAAAAUCGGAAAAAUCGAAUAAAAGGGCUGCGAGUUUGGCUGGCUCAACUGAAAGUGCUAAGAAACAGAGAUCGGAAUCAGUUCCACCAGCUGUGCCACUCAACAAACCACGUCGGAUUGCACCUUCACAGCCGAAGGUUGCAGAAUUCAAAAAGCCGUACGACAAACACCCAGUUGUUCAAAAAAAGAAAGAUCCCGGUCAGUUUGCCAAGGAUAUUCAAGAAAUCAAAGAAGAAAUGAAGAAACUCCAACUAGAGCUCAAAGAAUUUCCGGUAAAAGUGGAGGGAGUCAGACCAACACGACCAUUCACAGCUGCUCUUUGGAAUCUCAAAUUCCGGCGUUGUCGCUCAGCAGAAAGUCUCAACAACUUCUUUUUCAAAGGAGCCGAGAUUGAGAUAGAAACGCAAGUGAUUGCUGUUCCAGAGGAAGAUGUUCAAGAGUACAAACAGUUGGUGGAGGAAAACCAAAAGAAAAUGGAACUAAUUUCCCAUCCCUUCAAAAAGCAGCUGGAACCACUACUUCCAGAACUCGUCAAAUCCUAUAGCAAGGAUGACACUGAUCGAUUCAAGACGAUUUUCACGGAAAAUAUUCCAAAUGAUCCAAAAUACGAUCCGCAUCGUUAUGCUCUGAUUGUCUUCAUUAUCUCGUAUUUCGAUCAUCGAGAGUGGAAUGCAGAUCCAAAUGGAAUGUCGAUUGUCGAAGCGAAGGAGUCUGUCAGCUGGUUGAAAAUUCGAAAGCAGAAUCCAUUGUGCUGCAAAAAUCAUCGAAAAUGCGCCUGGAUGAAAUUGUUCAUGGAGUUGGUGCCGAGCAGAUUGAGAUUCAUCGAGACGUCGAAAAAAAGAUACAGUGGACGUGAAGGAGAUGAUGGACCAUUCCGCUACGAUGUCUACUUCCAUUGCAUGAAGUAUGGUGCCGAGUGCCAAAAACGACUAUUCUUCAUUUUUGGAAAACCAGUAAACCGUCGACAGAAGCUCACUGCCAAGUUCAACGUGGAUGGAAUGCAUCUUCUUGCGGUUCAAUAUGGCAAUAUCCAGCGCAUCGCACAGUAUAUGUCGAUGGGUGGCGCCGACAUCAAUGCUAUGGCCACUUUUCUCCCAACAAAACAAGUUUUCCGCCUGGAAGAAUACUUGAAAUACUGGAUCGAGAAAAAUGCCAAGCAAGGAAACGUCCAUCCAAUUCAUGCGGACUAUUAUCAGGAUCUACUGCUCAUGAUUCGAAGGACAUCAGGAUCUCUCAGCUUGUUCGUGAAGUCUAGAGUUGAGGAAAUUAUUGCGAAUCGAUUGAAUAUGGGAUGGAAAAUCCAUAUGGAUCUCACCUACCCGCACAUCCUUCGUUGUUGUCCACAGAGCAACAUUUCAAAUGGAGGCGAUGACUGCCAUCAAGUUCUCUCCUGCCUUUUUGCUCCGCUUGGAAUGGCGCUUUGUGAUGGUAUUCCAGAUAAAGGAAAUGUUUAUGGAGUGAACAUGCACAAGGUGAACAAGUUGCGAGAUGAUCUUUCUGAGUUUCGUCAUAUUGUUGGAAAGAAGGAAGGUCGCCUUGUUGUGGCCUUGUAUCGAAUUGAAGUUGAUUACAAGGCCAAUGUUACGGAUCAGUACGCCAUCCCAACGUUCAAGCACAUCCAGAACAAUGAAGGAUACAUCAUUGAAGGACUGAAUCUCAUCCGCCAACAAGAAGACCCGGAAAAGGAAGACAUCAGCCUGAUUAAUUUUCUACCGUUAACAACUCCCGGAUCGCUCUACUUCUGCAUUGAAAACGAGAGUGUCGAAAAAACGCUCGUCGCUCCUGGGAAUGUCUUCAUUGAGCUCGUCGGAAAGUUUGAGCAGCCAGCAACUUUCGUGGCUCAAGUCUUCUUCAUUAGUAAAAAUAUCGACUAA